AUCGCAGAGAUAUUCAUAAGAUCGUUUCAUUUUAUUUACCUUUAGCGUAAACCGGAAGCAGUUGUACGACCCCGGAAGUGAAUGUAUGUAGCCGUGUUUUUUUUUUGUUUUUUUGCGCUACAUAAAAAUAUUCAGAAACCCUUUUCAGAGUUUUAAGCAAUGGGCGUCACGUGUGUGUGUCAGGUGCCAGUGGUGGAGGGGAAAAGCGUCCAGCAGACGGUGGAGCAGCUGCAUAAGAGACUGGAGCAGCUCGGGGCAGUGAAACAGGGCAGCUUCUUCGUGGACUGUGAGACGUAUCACGCUACAGCAAACACUGGAGCUCAGCCCUCUAAGCUCCUGUACGUGAUGCAUAACUCGGAGACGCCUCUCAGCUGUCUGGCUCUGUUUGACGGCGGCCCCACGCUGGCGGCGGACGCGAACUUCGACGUGCUCAUGGUGAAGCUGAAGAGUCACUUCCAGAACGCUAAAGGCCACAAGGUGGAGAGCCGCGGAGCCCGCUAUCGCUACGCCGACUUCCUGAUUAAGGUCGGCACGGUAACGAUGAGCUCCAGCGCUCGGGGGAUCUCAGUGGAGGUGGAGUACUCAGCUUGUGUGGUUCCUGGUGACUGUUGGAACCUGAUGAAGGAGUUCAUGCAGAGUUUUCUGGGCUCCAGCGUUCCUGACCUGCCCUCCGUGUUCAGCAGUAAGGCCGAGGGUCUGUUCGCUCCGGCCGACUGCAUGGACACCAUGAACCAGUACCUCGAGCUCUUCAGCAAAAUCCGCAAACAGCAGGUGCUGCCGGGGAGCGGCGUGCGCUGAGACACACACACACACACACACACACACGGAAACAAAGACCAGGCUGGAAAGAAGAAACCACACACAGAACACUUUCAGCUCUGGACCAGGACAAGAACUGUACAAAUUCACAAAUCACACUUCCAGUUUCUCAGCUGUGUGUUUUCUUCACUUUUUAAACACCUGUGAGCGGACACUGAGACUGAACUCUGAUGGGGUUUAUUUUGUAAAGGAAAUGUGAUUUUUUUUUUUUACUAAAAUAAAGAAUUGAGUGGAAUUGUA